AUGUCAUACUUUUUUUCCAAUUUUAACUGAGCACAACACACACAUGCAUAGACACGCGCACGGACGCACAAAACCAUCUGUCAUGCACCCGUCUAUAUUGCAUUUAAAGACCAGCUGUGACUACAGUGUGUGUGAUAUGUUAAGUGCCUGAGUUUGGUGUUAGGUGUGUGUAUUUGCGUGUGUGUGUGCAUUUUUUUUGGUCCUUUUUAUUUACCAUAAUAGUUUUAUUUUCAAGUCUUUACUCUUUCCUUGCUACUUUGUCAUUGUCUAAUUGAUGACCGCAUACACUCGCACAUAGUUAGAGGUUGUGGUUGCCGUGGUGAUGUUGUUGUUGUUGUUGGGCGGGGCGUCAUGCAUCCUUGCAGGCAAAGAGCUCUUCUUGGCUGUUACUCCGUGAUGUGUCCUUCCAGGAAGUUAUAAAAAAGUGUGUGAGUGUGUGUGUGUGCGUGUGUGUUUGUGUGCGGAUGACCACAUCACAGCUUACUGUCCACAGUGAUGAAGACUUUGGUUUGUUGGACCAUUUCACUUGUGACUUCCCAUUUCUCUUUCUUCUUCUGCCAUCUUUGGAGCAUUCAGUUUUUGAGGCUAGUUUGACUUAGCAAGCCAAAGUUUAGAGCCCAAGAUGCAGGAAGUCAGAAAUUGAGAAGAACAAACACAGCUUUGUAAGGAUGAACAAGAAGGUGUGUUCUUUUGCAACACAAUACAAAAUACACACGCACACGCAAACAGAAGCUAGCAGGGAGGUGCUGACGGGGUGUCUCAUUUCAGACACUGCCGUCAGGUGCACACAGUAUCAUGUGGCGUUUGCUCCCCAAAAAACAAAAUAACACUUGUGUGUGCCAGACAACAAUCAAGUGACAGACUAAAUAAAACAUUACUCGUUUCCCGUUGAACUUUGCACCUACCUGAAUGUUCAUUUCAAAGUACAGUCGCAAUAAAAUCUUGGUUAUGUUAUGGAACCUCGCCAAGUGGCAAAGUUUGCAAGAGUGGAGAGCGCGGGUUGGUUAACAUGUCAGGAUGAAGAUCUGGAUAGCAGAUUUUUUCGCCCAUGAAAGCUGCCUUCACUGUACGCAUUAUAUUUGUGUGUGCAAAAUGGCAACAGUCGGAAGAGGACUCACCUGUAUCAAGUUACGUUCUAUUGUGUGAGUUCCUCCAAAAGCUGAGACCAUAUACGCUAGCUUUACACCUGUGUGUGUUCAAGAUCAACAAAAAUCAGGGUCGCUUCCUCGCAAACGUUUGAACGUCUAACGGCCGUCAACAAAGCGCACUUUGUGGCCGGGUGUGACUGUCAGCGAGUCUUCCGAUCGAGUUUCAGUGCAUGAACAGAAAAUGUGCGACAACGGGGAGGUGGAGGACAAGCCGCCGGCCCCGCCCAUGAGGAACACCAGCACGAUGAUUGGCCCGUGCGGCAAAGACCCCGUCCCCGUCAAUCACGGCUCCAAACCGCUGCCCCCCAACCCUGAGGACAAGAAGAAGAAAGACCGAUCCAUUCGCUUCAUCCUGACGGGCGGCGGUGACAAGACGUACAAAAAGAAAGAGCGGCCCGAGAUUUCUCUCCCAUCUGAUUUCGAACACACCAUCCAUGUCGGAUUUGACGCCGUCACGGGCGAGUUUACCGGCAUGCCCGAGCAGUGGGCCCGCCUCCUGCAGACGUCCAACAUCACCAAACUGGAGCAAAAGAAGAAUCCUCAGGCUGUGCUUGACGUUCUCAAGUUCUACGACUCCAAGGAAACCAGCAACAGCCAGAAAUACAUGAGCUUCACAGACAAAAGCGCAGAUGUCUUCGCAUCGUCCACCACAACGAUCUCCAAGAGCGUCUCGGAGAUGCCCGCCAUCGCCACCGUGUCGGAGGAUGAAGACGAGGACGAAGCCGAACCGCCGCCCGUCAUCGCCCCACGGCCGGAACACACCAAAUCGAUUUACACCCGCUCCGUCAUCGAGCCCCUUCCGCCUCCUCCCACCAAAGACGCCGCCACCUCCCCCAUCGUGGUGCCAACCUCCUCCGCGACGUCCUCCACAGCCGUCACCCCGCCCGGUUGCUCUGCCACGGAAGGCGCCCCGGCUCCCAGUAGCCCGCCGGGGGCCGCCCCUGCGCCGGGGCCCUCCUUGCCCCGCCCUCAGGACAAAGGACGCAAGAAGAAGAUGUCGGAUGAAGAGAUCUUGGAGAAGCUCAGGACCAUUGUGAGUGUCGGAGACCCGAAAAAGAAAUACACUCGCUUUGAGAAGAUUGGACAAGGCGCAUCCGGCACGGUUUAUACGGCCAUCGACAUCGCCACUGGACAAGAGGUGGCCAUCAAGCAGAUGAAUCUGCAACAGCAGCCUAAGAAAGAACUCAUCAUCAAUGAGAUCCUGGUCAUGAGGGAAAACAAGAACCCCAAUAUCGUCAACUACCUGGACAGUUACCUGGUUGGUGACGAGCUGUGGGUAGUGAUGGAGUACCUGGCCGGCGGCUCUUUGACUGAUGUGGUCACAGAGACUUGCAUGGAUGAAGCUCAGAUAGCAGCCGUGUGCAGAGAGUGUCUGCAAGCGUUGGAGUUCCUCCACUCCAACCAAGUCAUCCACAGAGACAUCAAGAGUGACAACAUCCUGCUCGGGAUGGACGGAUCCGUCAAGCUCACCGACUUCGGCUUCUGCGCUCAGAUCACUCCAGAGCAGAGCAAACGGAGCACCAUGGUGGGCACGCCCUACUGGAUGGCUCCGGAGGUGGUGACCCGCAAAGCAUAUGGCCCUAAAGUGGACAUCUGGUCCCUUGGCAUCAUGGCCAUCGAAAUGGUGGAGGGCGAGCCGCCAUACCUCAAUGAAAACCCGCUCAGGGCACUCUAUCUGAUCGCCACCAAUGGGACGCCGGAGUUACAGAACCCCGAGAAACUGUCAGCCACCUUCAGGGACUUCCUGAAUCGAUGUCUAGAGAUGGACGUGGAGAAGAGAGGCUCGGCCAAAGAAUUGCUGCAGCACCAGUUCCUGAAGAUGGCCAAACCUCUCUCUAGCCUGACCCCGCUCAUCGUGGCCGCUAAGGAGGCGGCCAAGAACAACCGCUAACUUGCGCCUGCCAACCCUCCUUCUUCUUUUUCUCCUCCUCUUGCUCUUCUUGCUUGACACUGGACUCUCAGAGGCGGCAGGGACCAAGCCAAUGAUGUCAUUGGUGUGAUCAGUGAUGUCAUCAGCAAAGAGAAGGACUCAAUUCACUGUUUUCUAUAUGUGUGCUUGCGUGUGUAUCGUCUGCUAUCUGAAUGUCUUGUUUUUAUUUGAUCUUUUUUAAAUCAGUAUGUGUGUGUGUGUGGGAGAAACGGUAAUGCUGGAAUAUCAAGUGAUUGUAGCAUCGACACGGCUUAGCUUAGCUUUGCGUAGCUACGUCCGUGGUCCAAUCGGCACUGUGAGUUAGAGACGAUGAUUAAUAAUAAUAGUGAAAAUAAUAACUACAACACAGGUUCUCAAACUGGGGGUCACAAGCCACAGCUAGGGACUCUUAUUUGGAAGUAUCGCCUGCCAAUAACUUGAACAAACUGGUCCGAUAAGUUGUUCCCAAAUUGAAAAUGUAAUAUCUUCAAUUAUUAUUGAAAGCUAGCCGGUGAUUAGGUAUCAUCAAGCGCCGUCAGUUAUGCGGAGAAACAACGUGCAUGUUUUUGUUUCGAUUUUCUACUUCUCGGUACGAUAGAAAAGUGAUGAUGACUCCUCCCUAAGAACGCUGGUGUACAAAUGAAGAAAUAAACCAUUAUGAGUCAA